AUGUCAACCGAAAGGGAAAAAAUAGAUUUUCCACAAACAUUUAUUGGUAAUGGUGAUAAGUUAAGACGGUUCAAUCCAAAAUGGUACACAGAAAAGCAUGGAAAUUGGUUGGAAUACAGUGUCAAAACUGAUAGAGUGUAUUGCUUAUAUUGUUACUUAUUCAAAGAAAGUGGACAAAAAUAUGCAUUUGCGAGUGAGGGGGUACAAUGUUGGCAUAGGAAAGAAGAAAGAUUCGAAAGUCAUGUUGGUAAAUGCAAUAGUUUUCACAACAGGGUGGUUCAAAAAGGAGAAGACUUACUUAAAGAAGCCCAAUCUAUACCUGCGGUUCAAAAAAAACCCGAACAAAACAAAGAAUAUAGAAUCCGAUUAAGUACUUCAGCUAUACUCGCUAAAGGGUUGUUGAAUGGCGGGUUACCUUUUCGGGGUCAUGAUGAAUCUGAAGCAUCCUUAUAUAGAGGACAUUUCAUAGAGUUUUUAAAAUUGUUCGAACAAAUAAAUGAAGAAAUUGGAAAGUACAUAUUAAGUAAUGCUCUGAAGAAUUGCCAAAUGACGGCUUCAUCAAUACAAAAAGACAUUUGUAAUUGUUUUGCAGAAGAAGUGUUAAAGAUGAUAUUUGAAGAGCGUGGUGAUGAUGAGCGAUAUAUUGGUGUAGUUCAUGUUACGGAAACAACCGCUUUAUCUCUUAAAUCUGCAAUUGAUGAAUUAUUUGCUCACCGCAAUUUGAGUUUGGGUAGGGUUAGAGGCCAAGGAUAUGACGAUGCAAGCAACAUGUCCGGUGAGUUUAAUGGUUUGAAAACUUUGAUUUUGAAAGAAAAUUCUUCGGCAUAUUAUGUUCAUUGUUUUGCCCACCAACUUCAACUUGUUGUUGUGGCCCUUGCAAACAAGCAUCUUGAAAUUUGCAGAUUUUUUAAGGAAAUAACAGAUUUAAUAAAUGUUGUUGGUGCAUCGUGCAAACAAAUAGAUUUGCUAAGAGAAAGUCAAAGAGAGCUUUUGGCAUUGAAUCCGGAAGUUGUAAUCGAAAGUGGAAAUAAUCAAGAAAUGGCACUUACAAGACCCGGAGAUACACGUUGGAGCUCUCACGAAAAAACACUUCUUCGUUUGCUUACCUUAUAUCCUUGUGUUAUUGAAGUGCUUGAAUAUAUAGAAACUUCGGCAUAG